AGCAGCUUUGUGCUGGUAACGGUGACCCUACCCCCCACCCCCCGGGAUCGGCCGGCUGCUGAUUUGAAUUCAGUUUGAAACCCUCCGUCCGCACGGUCUGGGGCCCUGUUUGACUCUGGAGACGGCCUCGGGCCAUUAGAGAGAGGCCAAAUCGCGGAUUAAACCCCAUUCGGUGGGAGGAACGGGCAGCUUUUUGUUUGGAAAAUCUUCAAGGACAUUUGAACCACAGAAGAUGCCACACAGGUGCUUGGUGCAAGGGUAUCAAAAUGGCACAGUAAAGAAUUGUUUCAUUUCUGGCAAGACAUUUUACUUGGAUCUUCCAAAUAAUAAAAACUCAAAGUACCUGGAGGACAUUGUAAAGAAAUUGGGAGGGACAAUAGAAAGUUUUCUCAGUAAAGAAGUGAGUUAUGUGAUUUCCAACAGCAGAGAGGCAAAGCUGCAGAAUGCAUCCGUCAAUUUAACACCUAUUCCAAACAGAGAGCGUAUAAAAAACAAUCCAGUUGGUACCCCUCAAUCUGUCAGUCCCAGAAAUAGCCAGAUGAUGCAGAUCAGCAGGGGAAAACGAUUACUUGAAACGGUGAUCAAGAAUAAUGAAUGUGGUGGUAGUAACAGUAUUUUGGUCAACGCACGUUCCUGGGGAGUGAAAAUCCUACAUCUUGAUGAUUUACUGGAACAUUUUGAAAAAAGAGGUGUUAAAUUACUACAUGCCAAUAGGAAAAUUGAGGGAAAUGGAUGUUUGCCUAAACCCAUGUGCAAGAAUACGAAAGCAGUGGGAAAACUAAAGCAGCCUUUUCUUAAAAUUGAAGACUCCAGUCGGCAUUUUAGACCCCUCUAUCAGCAAUAUAUAAGCUAUCCAGAACUCAACUAUGAAUCUCAUAGAGGAUUCAGUGCAUUUGAUCCUCUGAAGAAAUCUGAGAAUGCACAUCAGGAGCAAGAAAAGAGUAAACUUAGGGGCUGGAGAAUGACUAACAGUGAGAGAGAUGAGGAAUCUCUCACAAAACCAGCAGCAAUGCAUACAGAGAAAAAACGACAGCAGCGAUUCUGUGAAUGUUGCCAUGAGACAUUCUAUAACCUUGUUGAACAUCUUCUCUCCAAGCAGCACCAAGACUUUGCCAGUGACCCUUCUCAGUUUGCAGCCCUUGACGAUAUUAUGUCUCAAUUAGAAAAUGAAUUUGUAGAGUACCAAAGUGAUGGAUACAGCCAUCGAUCCAUGAAACCUGCUUCAAGCUCUGGAAUUUUACUGUCCAAAAUGUGUGCAAAAUCGAUACAGGCUGUUAAUGACUUUGUCCUUGGAGAAGACCGAUGUCCACUUGAGCCUAUGGCUGCAAGCCAACAGAUAAACCUUCCUGUAGAAAAUCUGGAAAGAACUGAUGAGCACCAUGUGAAAUCUGACAAAACAACAGAUAAGCCAACUGCAGAAAGCCUGGAACUUAAUGGACACAGAUCCUGCCCCCUUGAGCAGGAACAUGAACUGGCAUCUUUGAGCUCUCUGGGUCAAAUAACUGCAUGCCCUAAACAGUUGGAGGUAAAACCCCCAGGUUGUAUUUUACUAGACUUCAACGCAGGAAUAUCAGCAGAGAGGACAACUUGCUACAUUGUUAAUGAACAAAUAGGUGAAGUUAGUAUUGUGCAAAACAAAUAUGGUGCUGACAAAGGUGAAAUUUCAGAUGAAGAAGAACAUGUGAAAUGUACAUCAGCUGAAGCUUCGUAUUGCGUAGGGGCAAUUCCUAACUCAUGGAAGGCUGCUUGUGAUAUAAUUACAACAAAUACCAACUAUAGUUUUAAAAAACGCAAACGCUCUGACAACACCAAAUCGCAAAUUGAGAGAAGUCCAAAAUGCAGAUUGGAUGAUUUGACUGGUGUAUGUGAUAGUUUCUCUUACCCUAAAAGUGGCAAUUGCCUUACCAGUAAUUUCAAUGCGCACAUUUUUCAACCACAUACCAAAUUGCUUUAUUCAUCAAAUCUGAAUAAAACCUUUUCUGCUCAUUCUUGUAUUGAAAAGAACAUGUUCAAUGAACACGCAGAAGAAAACAUCUCCAUGGGAGAGCAUUUUGAUUUAACUGGCAAUUUCAGUUUACACAGGCCUUUGACUAGUAAAGAAAGACUUGUAAACUUGCAAAACAGUGGAGCCAAAGGUGAAUGUGAAAACUGGGAGAAGUCACAAAUCGUCAUUUUGGAUUCAGAAGAAAAACCAAGCAACUUAGCAAAUACCACAUCUGCAGCUGAUCAACUUGCUCAACCCAGGGGACCUCUGCAUUCUGAAGAGCAAAUUGCCAUUCCUUUAAGUGGAGCGAUCAUUCAAGCUGAAAAAGAUUUGCUGUCCCCUCUUCAAAAUAUAGAAAGCUUGACUUCUCAAAGCAAUCAAGUUGUUCUUGAUGUUGAAGCUGAAAUUCAAAACACAAAUGAGGAAAUUGAACACUCAAAUGUAGCAGGAUAUACUGCAAUGCAGCUACUUUCUUCCUUUAACUUCAAUGGCCAGAAAUCUUUGGGGUCUGAUGCUCUCCUAUGUACGAAAGCUGAUUUUCAAGUGGAUGACAGUAGAUGUAAAAAUUCUGUCAACCAAACUAACUUAUAUCCAUCUUCCUUUAAAAAUAGCACAUUUCACACAGAUACCUUUUCAUCAGAAUCUGAAUGGGAUAUUCAGUUGCCUUCAAGACUUGACAAUAGACAAAUUAAAGACCAAUCUGUUGACUUGGAGCUCUUGCGAAAGACUUGUGUUAGUGUGAAAGAUGCCAAGUAUGAGACACAGUUAUACUCUGUACUCAAGGACAAAGCUGGAGUAGAUUGGACCAAAAAAGAAGAGAAAUGUCUCGUGAGCUGUCAAGCAAAAACAUGUACGCCAUGUUAUUUAACACUUGUGCCCUAUCUGGACGGUUAUACUAAUUAAUAAUACUGUGCCAAAGUUAUUUGAACGAUUCAAUUGACUCUUUCAUUACACUUUUCAUAAAUUGUAAAUGAUUUUACUUCUGAGGGCUAAUGGGUUCAUAAAUCACUUUGCAAUCAUUAUUAACAUUCUAAGUCUCAGGUUAAAUUAGUUAUGAUUGAGUUUAUAUUCCAAACUAACAAAUACAACGCAUUAGAGUAAAUGGCGCAUAUACAUCUAAAAUAAGAGCUUACUUUGUCAAAAGGAAGUGCUUUUACUUUCCUAUUAUGCAUUCUUUCUUUCCCUUCCCAACUACUAUGAUUUUGCUACACAACAGGAACAAAAUAAAAUCUAAACGCUUACAAGAAAUAAACAUCAAUGUUCUAAUUUGGUAAUGCAAUGAAAGAGCAAGUUCAUUGUGCUUUUCCACCUAACAGUAGGAUAUUUUUGUAUUCACAGUCAGGUACCAAAUCAUUAGAAAAGCUGAGUAUUUCUUGCCUUCCCUGUCAAAAAGCAAAGAUUAAGCUUAUUUCAUCUUAACUCUUAGUUCUGACUGAACAUUCAACGGACAUUGAUGUAGGUCUAGGAGCAUGUUCCACAGGCUGCUUACCUGAGUACAUAAUGUGGUAGUAUUUAACAUUCAUGUGUUCAACAUUAUCUUUAUAGGUGUAUGCAUUUACCAGAGGAAGAGUAUAUUAAAUUAGAAAUUAGAGUGUGGGGACUGUUGGCAGCUUUUUGAGAUAACUGUACAAAGUGUACCGCAUGGCAAAUAAGUCCACCUAGUUGUAUUUAAUGAUUGAAUUUUUUUUUUAUCAUUUCAAGCAAUAUGAAUCUUGUUGAGAUGGUCCUGCAAAUAUUGCAUAAAAUCAUUAAUAUUUACUCAAAACCAUCAACUGUGACCAUUCUGCUGCAUUUAUUGACUUCCUGUAUUGAUGUAGAGCUUGUUAGCAGUCUGUACAAGGUAGGGUAUGUAAUUUGCAUUUGCUGUUGUCAGUACGCAACAAAGGCUACAAUGCAAAUAUAUGCUAGAAAACAUUAGAUGCAAACCAUCUGUAGGCAUGGAUAAAGGCACAAGCCCUUCUUAUACCUUUGUUGGCCUGAAAAAAAAUCUGUGUUUGCUUGGUGUUACUAGCAUUUAAUGUAUUAUAUCCUUAAACCUGAUAUUGAGCGUCUCCAUUUCACUGAUUUGUGAUGUGAAUGUGCAUAUCCAUUGAACCAAUUUGUGUUGAAUUAUUUGUCUUGCUAUUGGUUCCCUUGGCUCAGACACCACCUAAUCAGCAUAUCUGCUUCAAAGAAUGGAAGUUAAAAAUUUAAAAAUGCUGUUUCCAUUUAAUAAAGGGCACCAAUAUGGUGAGGAGUUAGGAAAAGUAAAAUAGGUUUAUGGAGACAGAUUUGUAAAAUCUAUGUUAUUAAAAGCAUUUAUAUCUUCCUUUACCCAAAUAAAAUGGUUACCUUUUGUAGAAUUUACAUCUCUGAUGUUGUGAGCCCUUAACAGCUCCACAUUUAAAUAAAAAUCUAGUUUAAUCUAAAAUGCUUAUGUUAAAAGGUACAAGUUUUAUUUUCAGUAAUUAAUUUUUAAACCAAAGUAGUUGCCUUUGAUCUUUGAAAGUGUUAAAGGAGCAGCAGGAUAUUUGUUAUAGUUCUGUCACUAGAAUUCUGCUAAUCAAAUAUUUUUUCUUUAAAGUAGCACUUGCUGCUUUUCUGCUGUUGGCAUUUUGAACAAGGUGAACAGAUUGCAGUUAAAUUCCUUCAUUAUCCAGGCAAAGUGUGAUGUAAAGAUAGAUGCAAAAAUAGGCUGGAUUAGAUUGACUAGAGUUACUAGAUAUGCCAAUUGGAAAAAAGUUUCCUGCAUUAUCCUAAUCAUUCAGAUGUUUACAAGUGUUCAUUUGUCAAUAUAUCUUAAAAAUGAAUCUAAUUGAUAAUAGCAUUACUUGCGGUAUUUUCAUUGUUUUCUAACUAUGAAAACUCAAUUUUAAAGUAAUUUAAUGAACAGGUUCUGUACAUAAUGUCAUUCUUUUGAUAGCACGGUUUUUGUUCAUUGUUUUUAAUUUGUCUCCAGUAAAUCCUUUGUACUAUAAAACAUGAGCUCUUGAAAUCUGUACAGAUGUAUAGUUUUAAUCAUGACAUGUACAGGCAAAUAAAUAAUUUUGUGCAAA